AUGGAGGAAAAUGCCUACCAGCUGCUCGGCCUGGAGCAGGGCCCAACGGCGACGGAGGCGGAGAUAAAAAAGGCCUACCGCAAGCUGGCGCUGGUCAAGCACCCAGACAAGAACCCGGACAACCCGGCGGCGGCCGAUGAGUUUGCGGUGCUGCAGAAAGCUUACGACCUUCUCACCGACAAGGAGGCCCGCGCCGCGCUCGAC